AACUGUUAAACUUAGAGGUAAUGAACGUGGUUGCAAACGUACUAUGAGAAAGAAAUGCAACAAUACGAGAAAACAUGAAAUAUUGAGAGAACUUCACAAGUAUGAGUUGACUCCAAACAUCCGUUAACAACGAAACCGACAAUAGAUGAAACCCUGGUUUUCAAACCAACAAAUCCUUCAACUCAACCACAAACUCUCACACCUCACCAGAACAAACCAGUUCUCCGAUUCCCUCAAACUCUUCACCAAAAUCCACUCCUCCCACUUCCAUAAACCAGAUCACUACACCCUUUCAACCGUCAUAACCGCCACCGCCAACACCCGCCAUGUCACCACUUUCGGUAACCAGCUUCAUUCCUUCGCAAUUCAAACGGGCCUCAAAGCCCAUUCCCACGUCGCCAAUUCCCUCCUCUCCCUUUACUCCAAAGCCCAUGACCUUAUCUCUGUUCAACUCGUUUUUGAUGAUGUUAUAUACCCAGAUGUUUAUUCAUGGACCACCCUUUUAUCUGCUGUCACUAGAUUGAGUCAUGUUGAUUAUGCACUUCAUGUGUUUGAUAAAUUGCCCAAGUGUUAUGUUGCUGUUUGGAAUGCUAUUAUUACUGGAUGCAGUGAUAAUGGACGUGAAGAUGUUGGUUUUAAGUUGUUUAAAGAUAUGUUUAGGAUGAAUGUUAGGCCGGAUAAUUACACGUUUGCUACUAUCUUGAGUUUGUGUUCUUUGGAGGAUUUUGAUUAUGGAAGGCAUGUUCAUUCUGUUGUUUUCAAAACUGGGCUUUUGGUUAGGACUUCUGUGGUUAAUUCUCUUAUUACUAUGUAUUCUAACUGUGGAUGUGUUGACAAUGCUUAUCAAGUGUUUGAGGAAACGGAAGGUGGGGUUCGCGAUCAUGUUACGUAUAAUGCAAUGAUUGAUGGUUUUGUGAGCGUGGAAAGAUUUGAAGAUGCGUUUGUGAUGUUUAGGGAUAUGCAUAGGGCUUGUAUUUGUUUAACUGAAGUUACUUUUGUGAGUGUGUUGAGCUCUUGCUGUUCUUUGAGAGUUGGGUGUCAAGCACAUGCUUUGGCGAUUAAGAUAGGGUUUGAUGAUGGAUAUACUGCUGUCGACAAUGCGACGAUAACCAUGUAUUCAUGCUUUGGGGAGGUGAAUGAGGCUCGAAAAGUUUUUGAGAGAAUGGAAGAAAGUAGGGAUCUUGUUUCGUGGAAUGUAAUGAUUUCGAUGUUUUUUCAAGAAAAUAUUAAUGAGGAAGCAAUCUUGACCUAUAUGAAAAUGAGGAGGGAAGGAAUUGAACCAGAUGAGUUUACUUAUGGAAGCUUGCUAGCUGCAUUGGACUCUCUACAAAUGGUUGAGAUGUUCCACUCCCUCCUUUGCAAAAAUGGACUUAUCAAAGUAGAAGUCUGGAAUGCAUUGAUUUCUUCAUAUUCUAGAAAUGGAAAGAUAAAGUGUGCCUUUAAAAUCUUCUCCAAUCUUCCCAAUAAAAGUUUGAUAUCCUGGAAUGGUAUCAUAUCUGGGUUCUUGAUGAAUGGAUGCCCGGUGCAAGGGUUAGAGCAAUUCUCUGCAUUACUUAAUACAAAUCUCAAGCCAAAUGCCUACUCCCUCAGUCUUGUUUUGAGCAUCUGUUCUUUCAUUUCAGCCAUGGGUCAUGGGAAACAGGUUCAUGGUUAUAUACUACGGCACGGUUUUGAUUCAGAAAUCUCUCUGGGCAACGCACUGGUGACAAUGUAUUCCAAAUGUGGAUCUCUAGAUGGGUCGUUGAGUGUAUUUAAUGCAAUGGUCAAAAGAGAUACAAUCACUUGGAAUGCUAUCAUAUCUGCUUAUUCACAGCAUGGACAGGGUAAAGAAGCCGUGCACUGUUUUGAGGCAAUGCGAAUCUCCCCCGAAAACAAACCAGACCAGGCUACAUUUACUGCGGUACUUUCAGCUUGCAGCCAUUCAGGUUUAGUUGAUGAUGCUACCCGUAUUUUUGAUAUCAUGGUGAAAGUUUAUGGAUUUGUGCCAAGUGUGGAUCAUUUUUCUUGCAUAGUUGAUAUGUUGGGUCGCAGUGGUUACCUUGAUGAGGCAGAAAGAGUAAUUACAGAUGGAUAUUUUGGAGCACACUCCAAUAUGUGCUGGUCAUUGUUCAGUGCUUGUGCAGUUCAUGGUAAUUUAAUAUUAGGAAGAAAGGUUGCUAGACUUCUCUUAGAAAGAGAACAUAACAACCCGUCAGUUUAUGUGCUUUUAUCAAAUAUAUGUGCAGAAGCAGGUCAGUGGGAAGAAGCAGCUAAACUGAGAGAUAUGAUGAAACAAUUUGGGACGACAAAACAACCUGGCUGCAGUUGGAUAUCAACCUAAGACUUGCAAGUUAUAGUUGCAUGUAAAUGUAUAAGCAGGAGCAUAAUGUGAUGGAGUUCUUGUACAGAAUCCAGUUUUGAAUAUGAUAAACCAAAGAGGAUGAGCUAUAUGUAUAGAUAUAUUCCUAUACUUGCAUAAAAGCUGGCUAAAGUGGCUGGCUUUUAUUCAAGAUGUUCUAAUUUUUACCUUCUCAAUGAAGAUUAAAGAAGCCAAAUUUUUACAGUAGAACCUCCUAGUGUGAUUGGACAAGGAAUUUUUUCAAGGUAAUAUAGUUUAAGUAAUUCAAAUUCUUCAGUGUUAACCUAAUUCUUCACUUUUUUGUUUCAUUAUCUUCCAGAUUUCUCAAAACCCCUCUUUUUUUCUGUGAUUAACCUGAUCACACUAUCAGCACCGGUCAAAGUCAAAUCAACUAGACAGGUCACAAAUUUCUUAAGUGAUCCUAAAAUAAUAGUCUCAUGAUGAAACAGGACGCCCCAUACUUUGUAUUAACAAUUGUGGCUUCUUCGGAAGGGCUGAAACCAUGAAUAUAUGUUCCAAAUGUUACAAAGACACCUUGUUGAAUAAGGAACAGGACAAACUAGCUGCAGCAUCGGUUGCAAAAUUUGUGAGUGGUGGUUCAACCCAAGAGGUUGUGAACUAUGGUGCUAUUGAUGUAAAAGUUGGAAACGCAGAGGUCAAGCCGGUCUGUGCUGAGAUUUCUGGAGAUUCAUCGAGACUAGUGAGAUUCCGGAAACCAAAGGCAAGACAGGUCCAAGUAGAUGUGGAACAUGUCGGAAGAGCGUAGGAUUAACUGGUUUCGCUUGCAAAUGUGGAAACCUAUUUUGUGCAAUGCACCGAUAUUCAGACAAACAUGAUUGUCCUUAUGAUUACCAAGCUGUUGGUCGGGAUGCUAUUGCUAAAUCCAACAUUCCAACCUCAUAAUUAAGGCUGAUAAGCUUGACAAAUUCUAAUGUUCCACUAGACUGAUCUAGUAGUUAGAAAAAAAACAUGUAUUGCUUGUUGAUGGGUGAUGAUGACUCACUUGCUAGCUACAUUAGGGGUUUUGUUCUGGUUGGAAUUCUUUGGAUUGUUUGUUGGUUAAUCUGCUUAUUUUUUCUCUCA